AUGGCAGCCGACCCAUUCGCAUCGUACCAGCGGGAAUACCUCGCCCUGCGCACCGCACUCCAGCCCAAACUCGACACCGACAUCCCAUCCCUCCGAGGCGAGGAGAGGAAGGCGGCGAUCAGGCGGGCCAACAUGGAGCUGGACGAGGUCGACGAGAUUGUCGACCAGCUGGAACACGAGGCGCGGGGCAAGGCCAAGCUCAUGGCGCAGGUCCGGGCCUACCGCCAGGAAGUCAAGGGGUGGAAGACUCGCGUGUCCUCCCUCUCGGCCGUCUCGGACCGCGACAUCCUGCUCUCCUCUCGCCCCUCUCACCAAUCCUACCCCCUCGGUUCAGACGACGACGACUCCGACGCCGAAGCCUCUCUCUCGCACACCGCCGCCCAACGCUCGCGCCUCCUCCGCUCGACGCAAACCCUCACCUCCUCCUCCUCGCGGCUCGACAACGCGCACCGACUUGCGCUCGAGAACGAGGAGAUUGGACAGGGUGUGUUGGGAAGCUUGGUCGGGCAGCGGAUGCAGCUGGUGAAUGCGAACGAGCACUUGGAGGAGGCGGAUGUCAGUGUCGGCAGGGCGCAGGGGACGAUUGGGAAGAUGAUCAGGCUCGCCUACCGCCAACGGAUCGUCAUCUGGCUCUUCAUCGUCGUCCUCACCGCGCUCAUCGGCCUCAUCCUAUACCUCAAGUUGCGCUAG